GAGGAGAGGAGGAGGGAUUGUGGGAGAUUAAGUGAGCCUGAUGCUGUUUGUAAUACACUGCAAAGCACCACAGGAUGUUCAUGGAGUGGCAUUCCUAUUCGGGAUGAAGAGAAGUCAGGAGGGAGACCCUAAACUUGGCUGCAGAGAAAGGAAGAAGGAAGAACAUUAUCCCCUGAGCGCUACAGAGCCUGAGCUGAGGAUCCAGGGAGGAGAUAAGGAUUAAGCUGCACUUUUGUGUGUCUUCAUUAAUGGGAUACAAGUUUUCAAAAGGAGACGGAGAAGAAAAAACCCCCAAAAAAACUGGAAAGUUGGAGGUUGGUGUUGUCAGGCGGUUUAUUUUGGGAUUUGGGGUUCUCAUUCCCUUCUUUUAUGUUUUGGAAGCAAGAAUUGGAUUAAACAAGUGAGCAGAAUUUUCACACCUCCGGAAGCAUUCAAAACUUUUUACCCUUUGGCCUCUGCAUCCACACAAACUGAGGGAAAACUGCAGAAAGAAAAUGGUUAGAGCUUCUAAGUGUAUUUGUUUGAUGCUGGAAAAGAACGGCUGCUGAAGCCAGAGCCAACCAAGAUGGGAUUUGAGAAUUUCAAGGAUCUGAGAAUCAUGACCUCUGGACGCUUUCAUGCCUUUCUUCUCCUGCUGUUCUGUGUGCUCCAACGCUCUGAGCAAACCUGCCCUUCUGUCUGUCUCUGCAUAUCGGACACAGUGAGCUGUAGUGCUGCUGGUCUGAAUAGGCUGCCCCGCUCCCUGCCCUCCUUUCCCACUAAUCUUGACCUCAGCCACAACCACCUAACCUGGCUGGGUCCAAAAAGCUUCUACAUGAUGCCCAGGCUGGAAAAGCUCUGGAUGGCCCACAAUGAAAUCUGUAACCUGAGCCAUAACGUGUUCAGCAAUGUCUCCAGUCUCAGGGUGCUGGAUUUGUCCUCUAACAAGCUUCAGAUAGUGGAGCGACACCACUUCCAGGGGCUGUGGAGGCUGGAAGAGCUCCGUCUCUUCAACAACAAGAUCUCUCAAGUGGAGGCUGGCACGUUGAUCGGUCUAAGUAGCUUGAAAAAGGUUUAUUUGAGCUUCAAUCACAUUACAGACUUCCCAUUCUUCUCCAUCCAGGAUCACACUCAUCCUUUCUUGGCUAUGCUGGACCUGUCAUCCAACCGGAUGUCAAGUCUGCUGUGGGAGGAUGUAAAAGCUUUGCCCAGGCUGGUGCAGCAGGGGCUGUACAUUCACAACAACUCUCUCAUCUGCAACUGCUCCAUGUACAGCGUUUUUUGGCACUGGAAUCUAAGGAACUACGAUUCCAUUAGAGACUUUGCAGAUGAGCACUUCUGCAACGUUAAUGGGGACCCUCGGACAUCCCUCCAGUUCCUUCAUAACAACCGGUUCUUCAAGAACUGCACUGUGGAAAAACCUGUAAUGCAGCCUGUGGUGGAUCUCCUCUCCGACGUGGUCAUCUAUGAGGGCGACAGGGCGCAUCUGGACUGCCUAACGUCCCUCACCAGCAAAGACCUGUCAUUUAGCUGGCUCUACCCACGCAGUGGCAUAAAUGACACAUUGAUCAGCAUGUUUUCUAAUGGCACCUUAGAGAUCCAAGCAGCCAUGGUCAAUGACUCAGGUAUAUAUCUUUGCACCGCUGUGGAUGUCAAACAAGGGCUGAAUGCAACACGUGAGGUGAAUGUGACCGUGCUGUUGCCUGCAGCAGUGCCAUUCAACACUGGUUACACAACACUGCUAUGCUGUUCUGUGACUUUGGUCCUCAUCUUCGCCUACCUCUUCCUGACUCCAUGCCAAUGUGGUUUCUGCAAAAAUCCUCCAGCAGCCUACAGCCAAGGCACCUUGUCAUGUAUUUUUUCGUGCUUCAGAAGACAGCAACCCAAUGGUGGAACUUUGAGGCAUGUUGCCUUUACGGAGCAACUGAUGGGUGAAGAAAGAGCAGGACAGAUACCUCAAAGCUCACAAUAGACUUUUUCUCUUUUUUGCUUCUUUUGUCAGUGAUAACAGAUAUUUGAUUAAACUUCUUACAUGGAGUUGAGAUGUCAUUUGAGGUAAAAUGCUGAAAGGAAAAAAAAGCCUCCAGUGUCUCCUUUUCAACAACCAGAAGAAAAGGAAAUCAAUUUUCUGUUUGAAUUCUUUUUUGUUCAAUGACUAGCUAGUCAAUAAAAAAGGUUUCAACAGGGGUUUAUUAUCCUUACCAUGGAGCUUUUAUCAGCCUUACAAAUCAGCUAAUAACUUCUCCUUUACACCAAGCUGCAGCUGUAGGAGGAGUAUUUUUUUCUUGAAUGAAUGAAUCUGACUCACUUCUCACAUUAAGUGUUUAGAGUGAAUUAAAACUCCUUCAAUAUGUUGCAGCUGAAUUGUUGUGAGGACAGUAGGGGUCUAAGUUUAAAAAAAAAAAAAACAAGACUUGGAAAUUAGUUAAAGCUUAACUGCGCAGUAUAUGAGGUAGAUGAAAACGAGUACCUGGUUUUCAAAUCUUUUGAAGUUAAAAUCUUUAAAGGAAAUUACAUUUAAUCUGAGACCAAGAAAGUAAAUUAAGUUACUUCAAGAAAAACAGCAUAAUGGAGACCAAGGGACUUACCAGAGAGCUACAGGAUAGAGUUAGAGUAAAAGUACCGUUAGAUCUGCAACAAGUUAUGGAUGGGAUGCUGCAUAAUUAAGAUCUCUGGUCGACAUGCAAAAUGCAGGGUUAGGAUGCUGCUUCUCUUCAUCAGGCUCUGAUUGAUAUAUAAUUGUAUUUUUCUGUUUGUUUGUUUUUUUUUUAUUCAAAACUAAAAAGUGUGGCUUGCUUGUGUAUUCAGACCCAUUUAUUUUGAGACCCCUUAAUAAAAUCUAGUGCUUUAUUCAGAUGUCAUUGCAUGCAUUGAAGUUGAUGGGAAGAUGGAUGGAGGUAAUAGAGGGAAAUCCUGUAAGAAAAAAAACUCUUACAGACGACAAAAGAAUUCAGAUUUAAGCAAAUGGCUUCACCUCAGAUCAGCAGCAGAAACAUUAGCACAGAGUACCUUUAAAACUGUGGUUUAAAUUGAAUUUUUUAUUAUUAUUAUUAUUAUUACAAAGACCAAAUAAGAAUCUGUGGGAUUUUUUUGUUUUGUUUUUUUUUUUGGUGCAUAAAUUACACAAAUUUUAUACAGACACUUUUAGCUGUAAUAACAUUAAAGGGGUUUCCACAA